AUGAACCGUCUGAGUUUGGAGCAGGUGCUCAAGGACAACAACACUCGCGACCCCAACUCCAUUUCAAGUCUCAAGCUCAAUCACAAGGCUCUUUCCGAUGUGUCGUGCUUGACCGAGUUCAAGAACUUGGAGAGGCUCGACCUCAGCUUCAACAAUCUCACUUCUCUUGAGCUUCCUCCUGAUGCACCUGGUUAUGCUUUCUGA